GACGUGCCGCUAUUGGUCGCGCCGUGACCACGUGAACAGCCUACAGUGGAGGUUCACGAAGUCGACUAGGCUAUCCACGAUAUUGCACAGUCAACUGCCUAAGGUCCGGUUGGCCAGUCGUAGCCAGCAAAGCUUUCUCCACAAGGUAGACGCGUGUAACAACCAACCACCACCAUGGCGGACGAUGAGAGGAAGCGCAUCGAGGAUGAAAAGAAGAGGAAACAGGCGGAGACCGAGAGGAAGAGGGCGGAGGUCCGCGCCCGCCUCGAAGAGGCUUCCAAAGCCAAGAAGGCGAAAAAGGGUUUCAUGACCCCCGACAGGAAGAAGAAGCUUAGGUUGCUGUUGCGUAAGAAAGCCGCCGAGGAAUUGAAGAAGGAACAGGAAAGAAAAGCAGCCGAGAGGAGGCGCAUAAUCGAGGAACGCUGCGGAAAGCCGAAGAACGUUGACGAUGCCAACGAAGUGGAGUUGCAGAAGAUUUGCCAAAUGUAUCACGACCGCGUCUACCUUUGUGAGGGUCAGAAGUGGGAUUUGGAGCGUGAAGUUCGGAAAAGGGACUACGAGAUCUCGGACUUGAACAGCCAGGUCAACGAUCUCCGAGGUAAAUUCAUGAAACCGACCCUGAAGAAGGUGUCUAAGUACGAGAACAAGUUCGCCAAGCUCCAGAAGAAAGCCGCUGAAUUUAAUUUCCGUAAUCAACUGAAGCAAGUCAAGAAGAAGGAAUUCACCUUGGAGGAAGAAGACAAGGAGCCCAAGAAGUCCGAGAAGGCAGAGUGGCAGACCAAGAAGUAGAUUUAAUAUAAGAAAGUAAACCAGUUUGAGUGCGAAAUCUCAAUAAAGCGCAGAUUGUUAUUACGAAACAAAAGAAAAAAGAAUUGAACAAAACAAACGAAAAAAUUAAACUUCUUCACACAUACACACAUUCAUGCACACAUACAAGAAGACACUAACACGAUCGCGUUUUUACAAUUGACUUGACACGCGCGCGCGCGAAAAUAAUCGCACAGGAGAAAAGAGAAAAAAAAAAAAUACGCGUAAAACACUUUUGAUACCGUUUCUAUCGACGUCUCGCGUGUUCACCAGCGCGUUUUCGUCAUCACGUUCGUUUGAAUUGUUGGCAAACUAGUUCGUUAGCGCCGCGGAACAAAUUAACGAGUGAGGACUGAAAAUUGCACGAACAAUCCUAGGAGUUAUAGUCGAUAUUUGAUUAUAUUCCUCGUCCGGACUAGACGGUCAAAACGAGCGAUGUAGCUGAGAGAUUCUGCGUCAAUAUACAUAUAUUCACGUACAAUUAUUAUAUAUAAAUCAAAACAAUGAGUUAUAUGACAAUAAACGAUCCAAGAAAGCGCA